AUGAGCCUGCUACCGCCAGAGCAACGCCAGCUACUCCACCGAUGCAUUCUGAACUAUAUUCGUAGCCAGGUUCCCGGGGACGGAGCGGAGGGUGAGACCGGAGGGCAGACUGAAGAACGUCACGUGAUGAACUCGCUCGCCAAGUGGCUCCGGGUGGACCCUGACGGACUGGACGGCGAGAAAGCGGCCGACGGAUCGCUGCUUCCUCGCAAGUGGAGCUCCAUCGUCCGACUUCAACGCCGAAUUAUCGAGCUGGAGAAGGAGAUCCAGGAGCUUACCGACGAGAACGAAAAUCUACGAGAAAAUGGGCCUUCUUCCCCUGCCAACGGCGCAUUAAAAAGUUGGCUUCCUCGUGAGCGCCCGAGUUUCAGCAUCAGUGCAGGUGCAUCUGUAACUAGCGUAAAGCUUCACCCAGAACUCCCCUUGGUUUUCAUCGCGACUGACGCGGGAAAGUUACAAUGUUACGACCUGAUGAAUUACACAAUGCCCGUCGCUUCGGUACAGGCUCACAUGCGCGGAAUCACGGCGAUAGACGCAUAUGUUGGGGAAGACUCCCAGUGCCUAGUCGCUACCGCCUCCAAGGACUUGCAUUGCAAAGUGUUUCGGUUCGUAGAUUCAGAGCUGCAGCUCAUUAGGACACUCUCCGGACAUGAACACAUUGUUUCACACAUCAAGAUAUGGAACAAUUCGACGAAUACUCUCGUUGCUUCAUGUUCACGGGAUCUCACUUGCAAAGUCUGGGACAUAGCAAACGGAUGGUGCCUGAAAUCGUUUCAACCACAUACAGAAUGGGUACGAUGCCUCGAUGUUAUGGGAGAUUUUGUCGUGACAGGCUCAAACGAUUGCACAGUGAGACUUUCUCAUUGGCCAACAGGGAGAUCCCUCUCUUUCGGAACGGGACACGAGUUCCCUGUUGAGAAGAUUAGGAUAAUUCCUUUGCAACCUCCUGAGAGUGCUGAGCAUAGUCACAGAUUCAAUACCCACGAUGAAGAUUACUUACCUUUGGGAUUCUCACAUGUUAUUUCUACUUCGAGAGAUGGCACACUUCGCAUAUGGCAGGUUCCGCUGCCAAGAUUCGUGGCCCACCGAGCCCCCCAACCUAAUCCAGCGCGCCCAUAUUUUAACCUAGUUGCAACGCUCAAGGGGCAUUCAUCCUGGGUAAGAGACGUUAGAGUACGAGGGAAGCACGCUUUUAGUUGUAGCGAUGAUCGCAGCAUCAAAGUCUGGGAUCUUUCAACCUGCGAGGUGGUACGCUCGAUAAACAAUCUUCAUUCGGGUUUCAUCAACUGCAUUGACAUCGAUUGCGGUGGUUUAAAUAGACAACUACUGGUAUCUGGCGGUGCCGACGGCAAAUUAGUAAUUCUUAUGAAGUAG